GUCCCGAGAAAGAGCCAUCUUGUAAUAGCGAGGCCACGUCAAUGGGUUGACACAAGCGUACCAAACAUUUACGCGCUCGAAAAAAAGUCGAGCGUGAGUAAGUGCGUUUGAUAAAUCUAAGCUCACAGGAGGUUCGAGCCGAAGUGGCUCACGAGCCAUUUCUAGCUGUAGAAGUGUAUGAGGAUCAUAAGGAACAGCGACCAGUUCUCGAAUGAGAGGCCAUUGUAGAAGGUGCAAAGCCGGUGUAGUAUGUACUCUGGGCAUAGUUGAGAUGCUUGUCGGUGGAUUUGCCCAUGAUCCAAGACCCACCGCGAUUGUCCUGGUAGGUAUGUUGGCGAGACUGACAGCAUCAUCGCUACUAAUUUGGACAAGGUUGGCAGCCGUGGAAGAAUUCGAUGACAGGGGAGACUGGCCGAUGGGGUCUGCAAACUUCGACUGAAGUAAGAC